UAGAUCUAGAGUCUAGAUUCUAGAUCUUGGCUACAUGUUUUCAACAGGGGUUGACUCUAGAUCUAGAGCUACUAAACUGUCAUAAUAAAUGUAAUCAAAUCUGCUGCUCAUGAAUUCAGAACAUACACAGAGAACACUACUGUGUGGUCACCUGGAGGAAAGUACAGAAGGUCUUCAAACUUCAUUAUGUCAGAUCAGUUCCACGACUCACCUCUUGACCUGUCAAUGCCGUUGCAAGAGAAAGCAAUCACACCACCCGAGGGAAACAGCCAAAAUGAUACAUGUGCUACACAAAAGAUGAUAAAAUGGGGUUAUCCCCUCCUGCUCCAGUCUUUAUCAGACUCUGAAGAAGACAAUGAGGAGAAAAUCUAUGGCCAUCCUGUGUCUUCACAAGACAAUGAUUUAAAGGAUAACCCGAAAAUUGCAUCUCAAGGUUACAAAUGUUUUCGCCUAAAGAGAUCAACCUUACACUGCUCUAAAGAGGUAUCAUCACACAGAACGUGGCAUGUUACAAGUUCACUGCAAGAUGAAUCUAAAGCUCAAGGUGACUUGAAGAACAAUACCGCUUUUGCAAUAGAAGGUUUUAGUACGAGUCCCAAAGCUUUUAAGCCAUGGGUACGCAAAGGGGAAAUUUGUAACUAUCAAGGAGUUGCUCUGAAUAGCAAUGAAGACACUUCUCGGAAAUACGCGAAGCCACCUAAAUCCUCAUUGUCAGGCUUACUGGUUACCGGCGAACGGGAUGCAGGUGGGAGAAAAAGUUCACACAACAGUUGUCACAUGGAGAGUACUGACAGAGGUCAGUCGGAGCCCACAGUGUUAAGCUCCAAAGUUGACAGCAUAAGUUCAGGGAGCACUACCACAGAAAAGUCGUCAGCAACUACAGAAAAAUACUCUGCCCACAACGUUUACUGUCCGUAUCUUCAGCCUGAGUGGUUUUCUUCUCGGUCUCCGUGGCUUGCCCCCGCUCACCACCCCAUCCCCCGGCCUGUUCCGCAGAGAACUCUCUUGUCCAUGGACAUGAUGUCACCUUUUGGCCACCAGGGUCUUUCGUGGGAGAAGCCGUUGUAUCCGAAGUACGGAGACGAUGAUCUCUGGUGCAGGCCUCAAACUGACUCACAGGUCCGAACCCCGACUUACCGAGAUGAUUGUGUAGACACAACACCCGUGAAGCGCAUCUUCCCCGUCGGGCAUGGACAGAGUGGUUUAAGAAGUACUUGUGAGGAUUCGAAGCUAGGCCAUCCCUAUUCAACAGCUGAGACGAAGCCAUUGAGCAGGACUGGUCACAGUGGUGUAAGUGACGACAUUGCUGCCAUGGAAAUCCAACCAACAGCCAGCGGUUUCUUGUUUGAUAAUGGAAGGCUCAGGCACAGGGAUCAGAGCCAGAGAGGUGUUUACACAGCUACGCAUCUCACCAACCCACUCGUCUUGCAGCCUGGCCUCUCUUAUAAAUCGAAUCACCCACACCUGAAGAGAAGAGAAUCUACCACUGAAGUGUAUUCCACUCUGAAUAAACCUAUCACUACUUUGAAGAAAGCCCCAACUUGGCUGAAUGAGUUCAAAAAGAAGAAAUCAACCAAUCCUUCGGAUGUUUUGAAGCCCUUGACUAAAUAUUCAUUAUUAGAGCAAACAAAUCCUUUAACCUCUCGCCCAGAGACUACUGGUUUUCAAAAUAUAACAGAGUACACAGGUGGAGUCGAUUUCAGCAGCUUUCCCAGACAAUGCAAUUUCACACACACACAUCAAGUCAGUGACCCUACCCUGACUUCUGAUGCAAUACCUAUAACAAACCUGAGUUUGAUUUCACUCAAGAAAGGACAGACUAAAUCCUUGUCUGAUAUCCCUGUGCCAAACUCACAGUUUCCAAUGCCUUUAGUGGCAAAUGUAAGGUCUGUCCGAUCGACGACGCAACAGCCAAAGGCAAGUGAUUCUGUGAUCAAGCACCAACCUCUCAUCCCCCCUGAAAAUAAUAGUAAAUCUAGUCUAAAAUAUUGCAGGGAAGAUGGCAAAUCCGAAGCCCGCGAAUUUCCACACAGCUCACUUCAACUGUUGAGAGAGUCCACACGCCAGGAUGCAUUUGAGUCAAGAGUGUAUCCCGACAAAGUCGUGCACAGACCACGAGAUGUCUCAGCACCUGAAGGUUCUCUCACGUUGCAGGUCAACAAAACGACAACGAGCUCGUCCAAUGACACGAGAGGAAGAAACACAUUUGUGCAUCCUGGAAACCCUAGGCAUACCAGAAACAAAGAGCCUGUGUCUACGAAAGGAGACGGCUCUGAAGAAAUACCUAUAAUCAAAUCUGAGAUUAAGUCACCUACGGGUAAACGAAAACGAGCACUGAGCCAAGACUUUGGAAAAUAUGCAAGUGGACAACCUGAUAAUAAAUUGAGAAAAACAUGUGUUUCAGAAAGCAGGAUGAGCAAAACCAGUACUGAUAGAAACACUGGCAGAAAUAGCCCCAAGGACAUUAAACUCAACACAUACCGGACUGUCUUGACCGAUGGAGCUAAUCAAGGAUCCUUUGAGGCAGCCAUGAUUAAACAGGAGUUUACUAAAGAAGCGACCAAUUCUGGUAGACAGCUUGAGAAUAAUUUUAAGAGUGGCAUGAAACUGCCUGUUAAAUGUGCACUACAGAGUCACACAAAUGAUGAAAGCAAGAAGGCGAGCCAUCUGUUGAUGGAUAAACCAAAUUCUUUGAACCACGGUGGAAAGGAGCAAGCACAAAAUAAGUACCCUGAACAUGGCUGCCUAAACUGCAAUAUUGGCGAAAAUGUUCUUGUAAAUUAUACAGAAAGCUCAGAAACAUGUUUUGAUACACAAGAACUGAUUAGAAAACCCUUAUGUGGAGAGAGGGACAAGCAGGAAAACAAAAUAGGAACAAAUGAAUUAACUUGUGUCACAGGCACUUGUAAAGAAAGAGCCGUAAAAUUAGCGACAGACAGCUACAAAGACAUAAAACCACUACCAGCGAAAAUUCAGUGUGCGCGUACGCUUGAGCUAGCAACGAUAACUGACUGCAGCACACAAUCCAUGGUGACUGUUCCACAAACAGCGAGUGUAGAAGGUUCAGAGGAUGGGCAGGGUGACAGCCAAUGUAUCAAAACAAACCCUUCUAUGACCAACUUAUACUCACCGUUCUACUGCGACGCCAGCGUCUCAGCAAACGAUCCUAAGACAGCGUUUGUUCCAAAUCAUGAUUCCAGGUGUUGGCCUAAAGCUGUUUUUCCCACAUGUAUUUUAACAACGAAACAAAGAAACACGGAAAAUUGUGACGUUUUGCAGAGCAAAAUUCGAACCUCGAGUAAUUCACAGAAAAACGUUGUUCUACAAUCAACAUGCCUCCUCCCGUCUCAAGUACGACAGACUCAGCGACCACAACGUUCAGUCCCAGCAUCAAAAAGUUUAUCUCCGCUUCCGUCUGCACAACCCGCUCCUUCAAAGUCAGAGACUGCAGCUUCGAGUUCACCACGACUGCCGUUUUCAGUAGUCAUGCCAGUGUCUCCAGUAACUAAGUCAACAAAGGACAUGGAAUUUCAACCCGAGACAAUCAAUGCAGAACAUACACGCCAACUGUCAACUUCAAAACCUGUAAAGAUCCCCAAAAUGUCCUCUACAGCAACCAAGUGUGUACCACAUACGGAAUCUGAAUCACGGAAAAAAGCCGAGAACGAUCGCCAACAGUCUCCAUUGUCUAAAUCGGGGUCCAAAAAGCUUUCCUCCCAGGCGACCUAUCGCUGCGGCGAUUGUAAAGUGCAUUGUCUCUCAUUCUCAGCCCUGCUACAGCACCAUCGAUCUGGAUGCCUGAAAGAACUGUUGAACUCAACACGGGGCCAUACUCUCAGCUACGUUCACCUGAUGGCGUUAGCAGAGUCAAGGCCCGACAGCGAGUGCUCGUCCUGUCCUCAGUGUGGCCGGGCCUUCAAGAACAGGUACCAGGUGUUCACGCACAGCCAAAAGGGAUGUUAUGGACAGCCAGUGUCCGAAAAACAGAUGUGGUCACUAUCAAUCCAUGAUAGGCAGACGGAGAUGUCUUGGCGAGAAGGAAAGACAGAAGCGGCUAGAGCAACUGAAACCACGUCUAAUGCAAAGGAACAAUCAGAGCUCAACAUAAAGUACAGCGUAAAGUUUAAACCCUCCAGUGAUUUACCUGAGAAAGAUGAUGAAAUUGUCGACUGUAGAUUCAUCCGUGUGCCCUUACCUACCUAUGACAACCAAGAAAAAAGAAUAGCAAUCGGAGUCACUGCACCAGUCACCGAGAAUGUAAGAAAAAAGAGCAAGAGAAGGUUGCACGCUAAGAGAACCAGAGUUGAUAAUUGUUGCUUUGUGGAGGAAACUGACACUGCCAUACUUUCGAAUACUAGGCAAAUAAAAACUGGGUCACAACUCAGAAAAGUACUGUCCCCGCAAACUUCCACGAAGGACACCCUGAAUACGGAGAAACCAAAUCCCGGCAAAUCUCCAUCUAACCUGACGAGUGGUCCAAUUAAGGUCAUUGAAGCUACGCUUCGGUCUCUUAAAAGCAAACUCGUAGAGGGAGCUGAUUCUGAUGUAAUUAUGAAACUCACCAAAACAGAACCAAAAAUAGCGUGCAUGUUGGAUGGCCUUUCACCGUCCUUGGGAAGAAAAUCAGAUAAAGCCUGUCCACUAAUUGCUACAGGAGUUAACAAUCAGAGACCAGAAGUGCCUUCCAGCUCGAAAGAUGUGUUUCCCUGUGAUGGAAGGGAAGGACAGCCUCCUACCACCCGUUCGUCUUGUGCUAUGACGUCGUCCACCUCCUCUCCUGCUGUGAUGACUAUUACAAACGAGGGUAAACAGUUGAAGCUGCCCCUGCAGCAGACAGCUGUCGCUUUCGGAGGCUCCCGUGUAUACGGCCGGGGAGGAGAUGUGACUGGGAGAACCAUGUAUGUGUUGGACGCCAACGAUAAGCCUGUCAUGCUUGUGGAGAAGGUGAGCGAUAAGCAGCUGUGA